CCUCCCCCGGGCGCCCAUUGGCCUGUACCCCACCCCCAGCCUGCGAAGUGCGCUGGGGGAAGGCGGUGGUCGCUCGCCUCCCUCCUGCCCCCGGCCUGGCUUCGCGGUGGAGGCGGCGCCUCUCCGCAGCCCAGACCCAGCUGGGCUGGCGCGCGGCGCAGGGCGGGCGAGGGCAGGCGGGGGGCGCCGCGCUCGGGCCCCAGGCGGCUACUGACGGCGGCAGCGGCGGCUCCAGGCGAGCGCGGUCCCCGCGUGCGCACAAGCUCACUCCGCCGCGCAGGGACCCACGGAUACCGGCAGCCGGCGGACACACGGACGCGGAGACCCGGGCUCGGCGCGCGCUGCUGAGCGCACACGCUCCCCGUCCUCGGGCGGCUCGGGGCGCGGAGUGUGCCCCGGGCCGACCCGCAGCCCGCGGCCCCGCGGCGAGGCCCCGCUGUGAGCAGCCUGUAGAUACCUGGGGCUGAACAGCAGCUGCUGUGAGUGAGAGGCGGGCAGCACUGGCCUGAGCCUCCUUCUGGGCUGAGAAGCAUCAUGGCCAGUGUCAUACAGGCCUCCCUGGCUGCCCUCCUUCUGCUGCCUAUGGCUACCACCAUGCACUCUGACUGCAUCUUCAAGAAGGGACAAGCCAUGUGCCUGGAGAAGAUCCAGAGGGCCAACGAGCUGAUGGGCUUGAAUGACUCCUCCCCAGGCUGCCCUGGGAUGUGGGACAACAUCACAUGUUGGAAGCCUGCCCACGUGGGUGAGAUGGUCCUCGUCAGCUGCCCUGAGCUCUUCCGAAUCUUCAACCCAGACCAAGUCUGGGAGACGGAAACCAUCGGAGAGUUCGGAUUUGCUGACAGUAACUCCUUGGAUCCCUCAGGCAUGAGGGUGGUGAGCCGGAACUGCACAGAGGAUGGAUGGUCGGAGCCGUUCCCUCAUUAUUUCGACGCUUGUGGGUUUGAUGAGUACGAGUCUGAGACCGGGGACCAGGAUUAUUACUACCUGUCGGUGAAGGCCCUGUACACAGUUGGCUACAGCACGUCCCUCGUCACCCUCACCACUGCCAUGGUCAUCCUGUGUCGUUUCCGGAAGCUGCACUGCACCCGAAACUUCAUCCACAUGAACCUCUUUGCGUCGUUCAUGCUGAGGGCCAUCUCCGUCUUCAUCAAAGACUGGAUCCUCUACGCUGAGCAGGACGGCAACCACUGCUUCGUCUCCACUGUGGAAUGCAAGGCUGUGAUGGUUUUCUUCCACUACUGUGUCGUAUCCAACUACUUCUGGCUGUUCAUUGAGGGCCUGUACCUCUUCACGCUGCUGGUGGAGACCUUCUUCCCCGAGAGGAGAUACUUCUACUGGUACAUCCUCAUUGGCUGGGGGACCCCAACUGUGUGUGUGUCCGUGUGGGCUGUGCUGAGGCUCUACUUCGAUGACACAGGCUGCUGGGAUAUGAAUGACAACACGGCUCUGUGGUGGGUGAUCAAAGCCCCUGUGGUUGGCUCCAUAAUGGUUAACUUUGUGCUCUUCGUCGGCAUCAUUGUCAUCCUCGUGCAGAAACUUCAGUCUCCAGACAUGGGAGGCAAUGAGUCCAGCAUCUACUUCAGCUGCGUGCAGAAAUGCUACUGCAGGCCACAGCGGGCUCAGCAGCACCCUUGCAAGAUGUCAGAACUGUCCACCAUUACUCUACGGCUCGCCCGGUCCACCCUGCUGCUCAUCCCACUAUUUGGAAUCCACUACACGGUCUUUGCUUUCUCCCCAGAGGACGUCAGCAAGAGGGAGAGACUUGUGUUUGAGCUGGGGCUGGGCUCCUUCCAGGGCUUUGUGGUGGCUGUUCUCUACUGUUUUCUGAAUGGGGAGGUGCAGGCGGAGAUCAAGCGGAAAUGGCGGAGCUGGAAGGUGAACCGCUACUUCACCAUGGACUUCAAGCACCGGCACCCGUCCCUGGCCAGCAGCGGGGUGAACGGGGGCACCCAGCUCUCCAUCCUGAGCAAAAGCAGCUCCCAGAUCCGCAUGUCUGGCCUCCCAGCCGACAACCUGGCCACCUGAGCCCACCCUGCCCCCUCCUCUCCUCGGAACAGCGGCUGGGGCUCGGGUGGGUGGGCGCCGGCCCACGCGUGCUGUGCCUCUUCUCUCCCUUCGGGCUGGCCCUGGGCUGGGAGCCCAGCUCCCCGAGGUGGGAGAAGGAUGCAGGGCGCAGACGGGUAUUUCCCCUCCCCGUUUUGGCGCUGGCCCCGCCCACCGUGGGCCCCUGGGCGUUGACCCCAGACAUGUAAAUACUCCUUAAUUUUGGGAAAGUCGUCCCAUCCCUCCCCCUCUACCUUGUGUCCCUGCUCACCUCAGGCAGGUCCCCAGCUCCACCCGACCCCGUCCCCACCAGCCUCAGUGAUCGCCUGACCCUGUGUGGGAGGCCUUGUGAGCUGAGGCUGGUGACCUUGCUUUGGUGGAUUCGGGGUGGGCCCUGCCUGACAGCCCCCCUGCAGUGUCUGACUCUCGGUAUGGACUCUUUGAGUCUACUCGCCACCCCGUGGCUCUUUUCAGGCCUGGCCCAGUCCCGGAGGCUGCCAGAGGUCCAGCGUGGAGUGCUUUUCGGUGCAGGCGAGACCCAUGCUCACCCAACAUCUUGGUAUCCAGGUGCCCAGUUCCUGGGUAUCAGACAGUGGGAAAGCUCCAGGGCUCUUCCAGUCAGAGUCUUCAGUUUGGAUGUGGGGCUAAGGCCAGAGAAAGUUCUGGUGCUUUUCAUUUGGCCCAAGAAAAAUUGCCAGGAGCCAGAAAAGUGGAUGUGAUUGGAAUGGAGAUGGAAAGAGUUUGGAGGGACCCAUGGGAGAAGACCUUCACCACCUCCAUUAGUUUACCCCUGACUCAAGGUAGGCGGGGGUUCAUCUGGUAGCUUCCCUUCUGUGCCUCCUGUCCCCAGGCAUCAGUUGCAGAACACUGAGAGAUGGAUGCCUCAGAGAAACUCUUCCCCAACUACACUCACCAUAUAGAGCCCCUAAGCCCUCCCCCUUCCCCUUGAAGUCAAAGCCAUGACUGGGAUGAACCAGCCACCUUUCUGUGAUAUCAGCGAAUCGCGAAGCACCUUACACCUCCAUGUGCCCAGGGCCCAGGGCUCCCCUUCAUCGCCCCCCCACCGCCCCGGACCACGAGGAGCCUCCGUCACCAGCUUUCUCUGGCUUGGGCUCAGCUAAUGAAAUCGGAGACCUCUGCAAAGACUUCCCUCUGUGCGCUUUAGACAUGGAGUCAGCACGGAUCCCAGGGUGUCGUAGGGUUUGGGAGGGGAAGCCACACCUGCCAUGCUUGUUAGCAGGGGCUGCUGAUGGGAGGAGUGGCUGCACCCAAACUCCUGUCCUGGCUGCCCAGCCACAAGUUACCAGACCACACCCUAAGAAUUUAAACUGGGGCAGAACCAGGUUCAGAACAGGUGGAGGAAAGUGCUAGAAUGCAGCGGCCCCUGUGCGGGGCCCGCCUCAUUUGUGUCAGCUUGUGGUGUUUCUGUCCAAGUGUGUGUGUGGGCUUGCUUCACGGGCACGUUCUGGAACACUUGGAGAGUUUGGGAGGAUGGGGAAUGUUGCUUUGCUUGGUUUUAUAGAGAGGAAGAGGCCCAGGGGACUUAGGGACGUGUUCCUGGAGAGGCCUUCGAAGUGGCUGGAGAAGGACCUAGCGCUUGGUUUACAGAUAAGCCCCAUGUCCAGUGAAACACUGUGGACCCUGGGUCUUGGCUAAGCCAGAGGAGGGCAGGGCCUGCUUUCCCCGCUCCAGGCACACACGGCGGCUCAGGCUGGCCAUGGAGUGUGUGGCGGCCUUCCCCCCCUACACCUACCUGCCUCAUGAUCUCCUUCCCUCUGUCUGGGAACCACGUGUGUUACCUGAGUGG